UCAGAUCAGCGACGCAGCAAACUGAAACGAAAGCAUCUCUUUCCGUAUGUCAGCCUCUCUCCUAUGCUACCAUUCACAAUCACACGCCCCUUGUCAUGUUCGGAUUAAUCAACAAGUGGUCAACCAGCAGCACGCCGAUCCUAAUCCAUUCUUCCAAGCACACAAAUCAAGAAGAAGGAAGUGAAAAAAAUGGCGAUGGAAAGUCUCUAACGGCAUGUACAGGUUAAGUGCUCUUGGAAAAGCCCCUGAAGCCUUGGAUCAGCAGGCAGAACCCCUGCCCCGAUGCCCCUCCGCCUCCGGGCUUCUGUCGCCGGGCGCUCGCCGGAGCUGCCGGCUUCUCCAGCUCCUCGCCGGCGCUGGCGUCGUCGUCCUCGUCCACAGCCUUGUCUCCGACGCGCCGGGACUGGCAAUGAGCUGCUCCUCGAGGUCACGUGGUCGCAGGCGCCCGACGGGCCCGCGCUCUCCGCCGCCGUCCACGAGGCCGCCGCCGCCCCGCGCCACCGCGCCGCCGCCGCGCCGCGCCACCUGCACAAGAAGAAGGGGAGCGGGACGUUCACGGCGGGGAGCUGCGUGGUGGGCGUCUUCUGGGACUACGCCGCGGCGCGGUACGCCGCCGGCGGGGCCGGGCCCGAGCCGGCCUCCGGGUUCUACGUCGCCGUCGUGGCGGACGCAGAGUUCGUGCUCCUGCUGGGCGACCUGAGCCGCGGGUACGUCGAGCGGCUGCACGGCGGGAUACCGAUCGCGGGCUCCCGGAUGGCGCGGCGCCGGGAGCGGUUCGUCGGGUGCGGCUGCUGGUCCACGAGAGCCCGGUUCCUGGAGGCCGGCGCGGAGCACGAGAUCGGCGUCGUGGUGCUGGACGGCGACGCUGAGGCCUGGGUCACCGUGGACGGCCGCAAGGUGGUGCAGCUCCGCCGGCUGCGGUGGAGGGGGGGGGGGGGAGCAGGGAAGGAGCAGCGCGGCAAGAGGAGGAAGAAGAAGAAUGCGGCAGAAGGAAGUGGGAGGAGAGGGGGGAUCGAUUCGGUCGGAUAUGGUUAG